AUGGACGCAGACUCAGAAACCGGCCGCUCCAGUCCUCCACCCCUCUACACAUCUCGCGCUCCCUCCAUCCACACUCCCCUCCCCAGCGAGCGCACCCCGUUAUUCGCACCUCCAAGAUAUUCCUCUCGCGCGCCUAGCAUCCUCGAAGAACCGAAUGAACGAACGCCGUUGUUUGCGCCCCCGAGGUAUACGUCGAGAGCGCCGAGUCUCCUCGAGUCGCCAGGACAGUCGAGUAUACGUGAUUCUAUCCCUAGUGAGCGCCCGCCGGCGAGGAAAACGUUUAGAGAGAGGUAUGGGGAGGCGAGACGGAGAUACGCGGAUUUGAGAAGGGGGUAUGCGGGGAGAUUUGGCGGGGUUAGGAGGAAGGUUGGGGGGUGGGUUGGGGAUGUGAGGAGGAGGGUUGGGGAUAGACGGGUGAAGAUGAAGGGGGUGAGGUGGGUGGUGACUCUGAUGAGGUGGUUGUUUUGGGUUGGGUUGGUUGUGGGGGUUUUGGGUUGGGGACGGUGGUUGUUUGGGUUAGGUAGGGAAGGGGGGAGGGAGGUUAGGGUUGGGAUUGUGGGCGCCGGCCCCGCAGGAAUAGGCGUCCUCCACGCCCUCUCCCAGCAAUUCCCGACCUCCAAAAUCAACCUCAACAUCACCCUCUUCGACUCCUCCCCCACAAUCGGCGGCCGUCUCACCUCCCUCUCCAACUCCCCCAUCAACAUCACAGCCUCAGAAAUAGCGACAGGCUGUCUAUCCCAUAACACCCAUUUCUUCCCCCCUUCAUCCGUUCAAACAAUCAAAACAACCACCAGCUUCACAAAUGGCUUGUCCAUGCCCCGUCCCAGAUCCGCGCUCCCUUUCUUCGCCUGGGUGAAACUUCUGUUUAGAUAUGGCUUGAGUGUGGAGUAUGCUAAGAACUUACCAACUGGGACUAUGGACCGCUUUCGUGGCCUUCUUUCUGAUAUUUCAGAACCGUAUAGAACGCCGUUUGGAAUUCUCCAAGAUAUGACUGAUGCGACAUCCCUCCCGGCGUCCACUCGUCUGGGUAGGAAUCACAUCCAAGGGGCCUACGUUUCCGAGAUCCUGGCCCCGAAGGUCCGAAGACAGACAGGUUGUUCGAUAUCCGAGUUGAGUGAUCUAUCGCUUUCGAUGGCGGUGGAGAGGGAAGAUUCCGGGUUAUGUACCGACGCGUUAUCGUAUCAGGUCGUUGCUGAGAAGAAGGUGAAAGGGAAAGCGGAUGUGAGACUGGAUACUAAGAUCACGGCUGUACGACGGAGUGGUACAGAUGCCUGGAGUUUAGAGGUCCUAGGUGGAGAGGUGGAGGAGUUUGAUAUUGUGGUUUUGGCUAUGCCGUAUAACACGACGCUCCUAGGACUACCGGAUCAAGAAGAUGAGGAAGUGGUGUAUAAACCCGCAUUUCUAACAUUCGUUUCCACAACGGAAAAGGCACCAGUUGUGAAUGGGAAGAACAGUCUAUUACCGAUUAACCCUCAAAGUAUGAUCGCAAAUUCCAGCACCGAGAUGUACGAACUCACAUAUCUACGUCCAUAUAUAUACAAGAUCUCCUCGAACGCGCAGAUCUCAGAUGAGCAGGUGAGUGAGCUUUUUGGCGAGGGCGUGACGGAGGUGGUGCGAGAGGAGAUGGAGUUUGCGUGGCCGGUUAUGAGUGCCAGAAGUGUGGGUGAGUUUGGGAAAGUGGAGAUUGAAGACGGACUGUGGGGGAUGGGCGGGAGCGAAGGCGUGGUUAGUUCUGUGGAUUGGAGUUUUGUGGUUGGUGAGAAUGUGGGGAGGAUGGUUGCUCAUAGGAUUGUUACGGGGAAGGAUUGA